GUAUUCACUUUCAUGGAAUCUGGAGUGCUGAUGGCCAUGGCCUUUGACCGCUACGUGUCCAUCUGUGACCCUCUCAGGUACACCACCAUUCUCACUAACUCCAGAAUCAUUCAGAUGUGUCUAAUAAUCAGUGCGCGCAGCGUAAUAUUGAUAGCAACUGGACUCUUCCUCCUUAAGCGUCUUUCUUUCUGCAAAAAGAAUCUCCUUACCCACUCCUAUUGCUACCAUGCAGAUGUGAUUAAAUUAGCAUGCUCAGAUACUCGAGUCAACAGCAUCUAUGGAUUAAGUGGUCUCAUCCUGACUACAGGAAUAGAUACACCAGGUAUUGUUGUUUCUUAUAUCUUGAUCAUUCGCUCUGUUCUCAGAAUUGCCUCCCCUGAAGAACGACACAAGACCUUUAGCACCUGUGUCUCCCACAUUGGAGCAGUUGCUACUUUCUACAUCCCCCUGAUAAGUCUGUCCUUGGUGCAUCGCUAUGCUCAUUCAGCCCCCAAAGUGGUCCAUUCAAUGAUGUCCAAUAUAUACCUGAUUUUGCCCCCUGUGAUCAACCCCAUCAUCUAUAGUGUAAAGACAAAACAGAUUCGCAAAGCUAUACUCAGUAUUCUACCUACAAAUAAACUGUGA